UAUGUGUCAUAUUUAUAAAAAAAAUCUACAAAUUGGUGCCAAUAGAAAAGGCACUGACAUUUUUUUUAAUGUCCUGUAAAUGUUUAAUUGGUUGUUUCAUGCAGGGACUUUUUUUUUCAGCUGCAAUGUCAUAUUUGAUAUUCAGCUGACAGUUGACUUGGGCUUAUGGUUACACACAUCUUUUACAGUACUGGGUUUUUAUGGCGCUAUUAUCAGUUUAUUUCAUGUUUUUCUCCAUGUUGACUUGUUAAAAUAUGAAUUUUAUGCCUCAUAUUUGAAAAAUCUACAAAUAGGUGCCAAUAGAAAAGGCACUAACUAAUGCAGUUUGUCUUUUAAACUUUUAUUUUCAUUUUGACAGCUGGGAUGUCAUAUUUGUGAUAUUCAGUUGACAUAGUUUGGACUUAAACUAUAGGCUCGCACAUGUUUUUUAAUGUAUUUAUGAUGCUAUUUUCAAUUUCAGUGUUAUAUUUUGUUGCACGUUAAUUGUUAAAAUAUGAAUUUUAUGCCUCAUAUUUUAAAAAUCUACGAAUGGGUACCAACAGAAAAGGCACCGACUCGUGCAUUUAGUCCUUUACCCUCCUCUGAUUUUCUUAAUGGAUCUUUGUUACUCAGUUUUCCUGCAUACAAUCUAUAAAAUGUUUGGCCAGUUUUGACAGAUGGGAUGUCACAUUUUUUAUAUUUAGCAGCAACAUGGUAAAACAUUUUUUUCAGGUAUUUAUGAUGCUAUACUCGGAUUAAAUGUCAUGUUUUGUUUCAUGUUGGAUUGUUAAAACAUACAUUUUAUUAUACACUUUCAAAAUAAAUGAGCUCCAGUAGAAAAUGCACUCCUGUGUUUAUAUUUAGUCUUUUAACUCCCUUACAGAUGUUUUAAAGGUUGUUUGUUUCAUGCAGGGACUCAGUUUUCCUACAGUCUUAUAAAAUGUCCUUGUAGGCCUGUCCUGCCCUUUGACCUUUACUGGAGAUAAUGUUGCAGCUUCCCAUUGAUAAAGCUCUAAUAGCCUUUUAAGAAUCUCAACAUUUCAUUUCAGCUGCAGGAUCAAAGUCUUAACAUCUUUUAGCCACUGUAAAAGACAUGAGAUCAUAUCUGUAGAAACCAGAAUGUUUCUACUCUUCUUGGAUCUUGACAGGAGUGUUUCCCUGAUCUUGAAAGUUAUUGUCCCAUUUUUAAAGGAAACUCUACAAACGUGUGAACCUUACAGGGAAAAAUGUGGGGUUAUCUGAUCCUCUACUGGCAGCUUUUUUCCCUCCGCCCACUUCAGCCUCACAUGGACAUUUUUUGCAGCGUGCAGGCGCUUUGACGCGAGUGACAGCGUUUGGUUACUCGUCUCCAUAAGUGCGUGUCAGCCUGAUGCAUAUCUGUGCUGUCAGCCGGGGGAAAGGUGGAUCCUCCAACACAAGCCAACACCUCUUAUCCUCAUCCUGCCAUGCGUGAGGCAGAGCAGCUUCAUCCAGCUCCAUCUCUCGGACAACAGCACUCCCGCCCCUCCUCGCCUCUCCGCUGAUGUAACUUGUGCGUCCUGGGAAACCCGCCGCGUCUGACAGAAUGAAUGGCUACGGGUCCCCCUAUCUGUACAUGGGGGCUCCGGUUUCUCAGCCCCGGGCCCCGCUCCAGAGGACCCCAAAGUGCGCGCGGUGCCGGAACCACGGCGUGCUGUCUUGGCUCAAAGGUCACAAGCGCUACUGCCGCUUCAAGGACUGCACCUGCGAGAAAUGCAUCCUCAUCAUCGAGCGGCAGCGCGUCAUGGCGGCGCAGGUGGCGCUCCGGAGGCAGCAGGCCAACGAGAGUCUGGAGAGCCUCAUCCCGGAGUCACUCAGAGUGCUGCCCGGCAUCGGCAUAUCCGGAGCCGGCGAGGAGAACCAGGGGGCCCCGCCGAGGACAGAGGAGCUGGAGCUGAGGUGGAGCAGCGCGGAGCCGGUGCAGGCCGGAGCACAGACAUGCACAGAGCCGACGGAGGACGGUGCUGAUGAAGGGUCAGGGGGUGAAAACGGGGGGAGCUCCAGUGAGAAGGAGCAGGACCCGGUCAGCUCCCCUGAAGGCUCCAAGCCAAACUCCUGCUACACCCCGGAGCCUCCAGAAACCCCCUCCCACUCGGAGGAGGGCCGCUACAGCCUCCCUAAAGCCGGCAGCACUGAGAAGGAAGUCAAAGCCGAGAGUCCUCAGAAGUAUCCCGUCAGCCCCGCGGAGCAGAGCGUGCUGAUCGAAGGCCUCGCCGGCUCCAUCAACCUGCCCUUCAGCCUGCGAGCCAACCGGCCGCCGCUGGACGUCCUCAAGAAGAUCUUCCCCGCUCACAAGCCUCCUGUCCUGGAGCUCAUCCUCAGAGGCUGCGGGGGGGAUCUGGUGGGGGCCAUCGAGGUGCUGCUGUCCAGCCGGAGUCCUGACGGGAGCGCACACCCGCACGCCGACCCGCACCCGGACGCCCUGGUGCUGCCUUCAAACGGACACCUGUUCGAGCACACGCUGGGCUCCUACCACCCGGUGUCCUCCUCCGCCAAGUGGUCGGUGGGCUCCGCUUUCCGAGUCCCCGAGUCCCUCCGGUUCACAUCCGACUCCGCUUCGGGCGUGGUGUCCACCGGCCCGCUGGGUGUCCCCCUGCAGCACCCGUCCUUCCCGCAGCCCACGCGCUACCCGCUCAUGUUGCGCAACUCUCUGACGCGCAGCCAGGCCAACCCCUUCGUGCACAACGACGUGACUCUGUGGAAUACCAUGGCUCUGCAGCAGCAGUACCAGCUCCGCUCGGCGGCCCAGUACGUCUCGCCUUUCUCCACCGCAGCCCCCACCGGCCCCGGUGGGUCCGUGUUCCGCAGCUCCCCCAUCCUCCCCUCCAGACCCUCCGAGGAGCAGCGCAUCAGCAUCCAGGAGGAGAGCUGCACGCUGGGACCCAAACCCGGCCUCUACUCCCCUGAUGAGGAGUAUGAAGAACGCUCCGACUCCGCAGACUCCCGCAUCCUGAACUCAUCCACCUAGAAUAGAUGCUGAUGAUGGACUAAUACAGCAGCGGACACCAAAAAUGUAUUAUUGUGAAUGGACAUCCAGUGUGGGAUUUUUUUUGGGGGGGGGUAUCCUCUAACAUCAUGCUUUCACGAUGUCACGUGGACACGACCAAAACGGAUGAAUGUAACAGACUCACAUUGUUUUAAUCUGUCAUCUGUUUCCUGUAAGCAUGUUUAGUACUGUGAAAACUUUCGAUGUAAGGAUCAUCAAUGCAUGUCAAGAGUAUGCCAAAUAAAUCCGAGUUUCCCAAAUGGA